CCCUCUACCCUCUUUUCUCGCCCCCCAGCGAACUUUCGGUCCCUCUCCCGCCCCUCGCCCGUUAUUCGUCGUGGCUCGAGCCCGGCCGCGCCGCCCCAAGGGCUCCUCCGGACCUCCCAGCCUGCAGCUCUGACCAUUACAAGAUCCAGAAACAUGUCGACCACACUUCUGUCCGCCUUCUACGAUAUCGACUUCUUGUGCAAGACGGAGAAAUCACUGGCCAACCUCAAUCUGAACAACAUGCUGGACAAGAAGGCUGUGGGGACGCCCGUGGCCGCUGCCCCCAGCUCGGGCUUCACGCCGGGCUUCCUCCGACGGCACUCGGCCAGCAACCUGCACGCGCUCGCCCACCCCGCGCCUAGCCCCGGCAGCUGCUCGCCCAAGUUCCCGGGUGCGGCUAACGGCAGCAGCUGCGGCAGCGCGGCGACAGGCGGCCCGACCUCCUACGGCACCCUUAAGGAGCCGUCGGGGGGCGGUGGCACGUCCUUACUGAACAAGGAAAACAAAUUCCGGGACCGCUCGUUCAGCGAGAACGGCGAGCGCAGCCAGCACCUCCUGCACCUGCAGCAGCAGAAGGGGGGCGGCGGCUCCCAGAUCAACUCAACGCGCUACAAAACUGAGCUGUGCCGGCCCUUUGAGGAGAGCGGCACGUGCAAGUACGGCGAGAAAUGCCAGUUCGCGCACGGCUUCCACGAGCUGCGCAGUCUGACGCGGCACCCGAAGUACAAGACCGAGCUGUGCCGCACCUUCCACACCAUCGGCUUCUGCCCCUACGGGCCGCGCUGCCACUUCAUCCACAACGCCGAUGAGCGGCGGCCUGCACCGUCUGGGGGCGCCUCCGGGGACCUGCGCGCCUUCAGCGCCCGCGACGCGCUGCACCUGGGCUUCCCGCGGGAGCCGAGGCCCAAGCUGCAUCACAGCCUUAGCUUCUCGGGCUUCCCGUCGGGCCACCACCAGCCUCCCGGGGGCCUGGAGUCGCCCCUGCUGCUCGACAGCCCCACGUCUCGC